AUGGGAAUAAAGGAAAUGUUAAGUUUGGCCCGGGUGCCCUCUAUCUUCCUACUCGGGUUGGUUUAUGUGACCUAUGUGCUGAUCGGCGGGGUGGUUUUCUGGAAGUUGGAAGGAGAUCUGGGAGAUAAGGACAUCAGGCUUCUUCUGUUGAACAAAAACAGGCUGCUUAUGACGUACACCUGUCUGAACCAAGAAGGCCUGGAAGCCGUGGCUCAGGUUGUUCAAGAUGCAUCAAAGGUGGGCCUAAGUUUGAAAGGCAACCACACCACGGAUGGGUUCUGGAAAUUCACCAGCUCAGCUUUGUUUGCUGCAACUGUGGUCACAACUAUAGGUUAUGGGAACAUGAGUCCCAGCUCUACGGCUGGACAGAUCUUCUGUGUGUUCUUCGCACUAUUUGGUAUCCCGCUCAACCUAGUGGUGCUCAACAGGGUGGGCAAGUACAUGCUUGUUAUAGAGAGGAACAUUUCCGACUUCCUAGAGGGGAAGACCAGGCAAAGGAUAUGUACCCGAUUUUUUGUUCACCUGGUCUCUUACCUGUCUGGAGCAGCUCUCUUCUUCACUGUACCCAUGAUUGUGUUCCAACUGCAUGAGGGCUGGACCUACUCCCAGGCCAUCUACUACUGCUUCAUCACCCUCAGUACCAUCGGCUUUGGAGAUUUUGUUGCAGACAAUAAUCCAGACAAAGUAUACCCAGAGUGGUACAGUAUCCUAAUGGCCACAUGGAUCUUCUUUGGCCUGGCCUGGCUGGCCCUGCUCAUCAACCACUCUAUCGAUAUCCUGGAGCGGCUCAACACCCACUUCAAACAGCAGUGGGGUAGACAAAGGCAGGAGGAAUUGUCUGGCGGUGCAAAGGCUGACGACCGGGACACACAGGUGGAGGAAGAAGAUGGGAUCGAGAGGCCUCCAAUAACUCAGUAA